AUGGCUUCAAAAAAUAGCAUUCGUGAAGAUAUGAACAGCGUUUCCUGGCCAUUAAUUAAAUAUACGAAACUUGUUGGAACACGUCUGGAAAUCCCGGUAUCAUCCGAGCAAACAAUGGUUAUCAUUUACAACAAAAACCGGUGUUAUCUUAGUAUUAUGUUCAAUUCAUCAACACUUGAGGAAUUUUCAUUGGCUGUGAAUCCUCGACCAACUAUGCGAAGUAAAGAGAAGGAUAUUUUUGUUCAAGUUUCUUCAGCGAAUGGCACAACGUUGACUAGAUUUCGCAUAAAAUUUGCUACAUUAUCAGACCAUGCAUCAUUUGUGGAAUUUGUUUCAUUCUUUGUUAAAGUUUUACCACCUUCAAAUAUGAAUACUUCAUCGGAUUUUAGCCAACCGUUAUCAGUACAUGCUCGCUUUUUUAAAAAUAAAAAUACAACCACUAAUUGA